AGUCCGUGGCUUAUUCCUCGCCAGUUAAGGAAACCAGGGGCAAUGGCUAUAUACUUUAUUUUUGUUUUUUAAACAGCAGUUUGCAUAAAUAUGUAAUGGAAUUCAUCUAAAAUUACUGUAAUUUCAUAUUUUUACCAGUGUGGUGGUUUCUCCUGAACACACCUUGUAGUUGAAUAACAUUGUAUCCAUUUUCAAUUGGCUAGAUAAUGACGAUGCAAAACAAAGUGACUCGAUUGGUUUAUUAGGAGUCAGGCUCCUUUAUUUAUCCUUAUGAUUGGACCAUGGAACUGAGCAGACCAGUGAGAUGAUCGCAGUACGCAUACUUGUGCAAGUGACAUAUGUGUUCAUUAUUGCCUUGGAUACAUUCAUUUUAUUUACAUUGUUUUGAAUACAAUUUUAAUUUCUUACACUAUUUGCAGCUUAUCUGGUAAAUAUGGACAGUAUUAUGUCAAAGCUUUUCGCCUCCGAGACAGAAGAGUUGUAUGUUUUGGACUGCCUGGCAUACUUCAUGAUUUUCAUGGCUGCUUGUACCUUCAUAACAUUACUAUUUGAGAAUGUCCCCUAUGGCAGAUACGCAACAAGCAGAUAUGGAUUCCCCGUCAACGUCAAAUUCGCCUGGUUCGUGCAGGAACUACCUGCUUUUCUGGUGCCACUGUGCCUUGUGCUGUGGACUUCUGCGGCGAAAACCACUCAUCUUCCCAAUCAGUUACUGCUGGUCAUGUACUUCUGCCACUAUGUGCAAAGAUCUCUCAUCUAUCCAUUUUUAAUUCGUGGAGGGAAAUCUACACCAUUUGCAUCGUUCGCCUUGGCCUUUGUGUUCUGCAUCUAUAAUGGCUACAUGCAGGUCAGAUACCUGAGCCACUAUGCAGAGUACUCUGCUGAUUGGGUUACCAGCCCUUGCUUUAUCACAGGCUCUGCGCUAUGGUUGGUGGGUUGGUUGGUGAACGUUCACUCAGACCACAUCCUGAGGAACCUACGGAAGCCUGGAGAGAUCAGCUACAAGAUACCAACAGGUGGGCUGUUUGAAUAUGUGUCUGGAGCAAACUUCUUUGGUGAGAUAACAGAGUGGGCGGGAUUUGCCCUGGCGGCUCAUUCUGUCCACAGCGCAUCCUUCGCCAUCUUCACUCUCAUUGUUCUUGCCAGCAGAGCCUUCGCUCACCACAGGUGGUACCUUCAGAAAUUCGAAGACUACCCCAAAUCCAGGAAGGCAUUGAUACCAUUUGUAUUAUAAUGAUUCACUACAACGAUCCAACCUCCAACAGCCCAACGCAACGAGCUGUGACCCUAUGCUACAUCAUCUGGGGUCUGGUUAGGUUUGUUAUUGCUUGUUUGUUUGGGUUUACCUCAAGAGAAUACGUACAAGGAUGAACACAAUGAGUACUGACAAUUCUAUUCACUGGGAAGAUAUGAAGAGCUCCAGAAACCACAACACCAAUGACAAGAUUAUUAGACAUGCCCUGAUGGAGGCUACAAUGCCAAGUAGAGGCAAUUUAUUUUAUUGAGAAAAAAAAAAUCCUCCAAGAGUGGCUGGAUAUAUUUUUCACAUGGUUGCACUUCAGUUCUCACCAACUUGGUUAUGUCCCGCAAUGAGAUUUACUAUAGUAUGUGGCGACUAUUACUUUUACGAUACUUUCACAGCGGACCAACCAACAGAACCAAUCCAUCUUACAAAGGUUCAGCUCCAUUUCAACACAUCCCCUAACCUCUACCCUUCCCCUAACUCCCUGCAGCAGUGUGUGCAUCUCUCGCCCUCUCUGUUGCGUGCAGGCGGAGAAUGAGCCAACCAUCAAAACACAAUCUGUCAGUAGAGCUCUAGUUUCCCCAGUGAGACAACCCAGUGCUAGAAGGACUGAGAAUUAACUUACUGUCAACACACAGGAAUGCACACAGACAGAUUUCACUGCUUGUGGAAGAAACUAGCUCUUUGUAUAUUCGUGCACUCACGUGUGUGUCAGAGGAAUCUGUCGUGAGCAGUGUUGUAGUCUUCCCCUAUGAUGUGUAGUGCUAGCAGCACUGAGGAUGAACCAACCCUUCACCACACACACACUUCGUGAGGCGACCCCAGCUGAAAAUGGGGUUAUGAACCAGAGAUACAAAUGAGAGAAAUGCUCCAUUCAGUCAGUAAGGCCACUGGAUUAGCCUAUCACCCAGAGCUUGUUGCUGCCAUAGAGAGAGACCAAAAGAAAGGGAGAGUGAAAAGAUAGUGAUGGAGGGAGAGAGAG